GUCUGAACACGACAGAAAGAAAACGCAGUUUUGCUGCUGCCAGUCGUAGUUGGCUGCUCGUUGCUCUCUCGUCGGUACCAAUUUGUUUCUUGCUCCUCGUUUUUCAACGGUGGAAAGCUCAGCUCUCGGAAUUUUAAAAACUUUAAAACAACUUGAAGGCCAAGAAUCAAGACGAGAUGGCGGAACUUCCUGUGGAACUUCCCUACAGGGCGGAAUACGCAAAAACAGGCCGAGCAAAGUGUAAAGGUUGCCAAUCUUUAAUUGAUCGGGACGAACUAAAACUUGCAAUUAUGAUCCAGUCGAGAUUUCAUGACGGGAAAGACCCUGCGUGGUACCACGCAUCGUGUUUUCUGCUAAAGAUCCGACCAAAGAGUGUUGGAGAUAUUGCUCACUUUGAGCAACUUCGUUAUAAUGAUCAAGAAAUGUUGAAGAAGAAAAUAGCUGUUGGUUCAGGGGCUGUUGCUCCAACUGGUAGAGAAAAAUUGGCUCUAAAGAAAUCAAAUUUGAAGGACUUUUCCGUUGCUUACGCUAAAUCAGGACAAAGCAAGUGUCAGGCUUGUGAAGAGAAAAUUCCCAAGGGUGAUCUUCGUAUUGGAAAGAAAGACUAUGAGUCCGAUAUCGCAGUGAUACAUUCAAAUGGAAAUGGAGUGGAUCAGUGGCAUCACGUAACCUGUUUUGUAAAAAUCCGAGAACACCUGGGCUAUUUUGAGUCUGGGAAAUUACUUCCUGGCUACAGAGAUCUGGACAGAGAAGACCAAGAUGAAGUGCAGAAACAGCUUCCAGCCAUCAAACCACCCAAGGUUAAGGUUCCACCGGCUGCUACAGUGACCACUGCUACUAGUUCUUCAAGCAGCAAGAGGAAGCUAAAUGAGACGCCAGCUGCUGUAGGAUCCUCCAAACGUGCGAAAAAAGAAAAUGACCCUAAAGAAAAUGAACUGAAGGAACAAAUGAAUCAGUUUUACAGGUAUCGAGAUUCACUUAAAGAUUACGAGAACACUGAGCUAAGGAGGAUUUUACGACAUAACAAGCAAGAAACUCCAGCAACUGGGACAGAGAUGUUGGAUAUGAUUUCCGACAUUAUGACCUUUGGAGCAACACAACCUUGUCCCAAGUGCAAAACUGGACAGUUUGUAUUUAGGAGUGGAAUUGGUUAUCAAUGUAUCGGAGAUUUGAAUGAAUUUACAAAAUGCUUGAACGUCACCGAUGAUCCGGAACGAAUUCCUUUUAAAAUUCCAAAGGACUUUCGCGAAAUUCAGCCAUUCAAAUCCUACAAAUUCAAACCUCAGAAAAGAAUUAUUCAGAAAUUAGCUCCCAGUGCUUAUGUUGCAUCCGGCGCAGGGAAAUCAAAACCGAAACUGGUGAAGUUGCCACUGAAGAAUUUUUGUUUUCUGGUGUCUUGUACUGCUGAUAAAAACAAAGUGGAACAAUGGACAAAGAAGAUCAUUGAAUGUGGAGGCGAGGUUGUUUCGAGGGGCACCACGAAAGUAGCAGCCUUGAUAACCACUCAAGAUGAAAUGACCUCGAUGAAGUCUUCAGCCGCGAAAUACGCUGAAAAAAAAGCGAUUCCAGUUGUGAAAGGGGAUUUCGUGGAUUCUAUUAAUGAAUUGAACUAUAACCUGGCUGCAGAGAUGAACAAGAAUUUAAUUUGCAACUGGAUUACUGAUGUUACUCCUUGGUUGCGGUCAAAAAACGGGGACUAUGAACAAACUCGUACUGAAGGAAAAAUGGCCAAGGACAAGUAUGAAAAGAAGGAGACCUCUGUGAGACUCAAAAUGAAGGGUGGUGCUGUGGUUGACCCUGAUAGCCAGCUGGAGGACGUUGCUCACGUUAUGAAGGACGAACAAAACGCGUUUUACAACUGUGUUUUAAACGCUACGAGCAUUGAGAACAACAAGAAUUCCUACUAUAAACAGCAGAUCAUUGAAUCCGAUAUUGGACAUCGGUACUGGGUAUUCCAAAGUUGGGGAAGGAUCGGGACGGUUAUUGGAGGAAAUAAAUUACAUGAGGACAUCUCGAAGCAUGAGGCAAUUGAUAUUUUUUGCAAAAAGUUCUUCGAGAAGAGUGGUAAUAAGUGGGGGAAACCCUUCACAAAAAAGCCGGGCUGUUAUACAAUGCUUGAAUUGGAUUAUGGUGAGAAGGAACACUUGAAACUCAGACCGAGUGCAACGGAAUCGACUCUUCCACUCCCAGUUCAAGAACUGGUUAGUCUGAUCUUUGAUGUUGAAAGGAUGAAGCAAGCCAUGCUCGAGUUCGAACUGAACUUGGAGGAGAUGCCUCUGGGAAAAAUUAGCCGAAAUCAAAUUCUUGGGGCCUACAGCGCGUUGAGCGAAGCUUCUGCAGCAAUUGACAAGGCUGCAAGUGGGGACGAGGCCAGCACUGAAAUCAUUCGAGACGUUACAAAUCGUUUCUACACUAUGAUUCCACAUAACUUUGGGGCAAGAAAGCCACCAAUGUUGGAUAAUGAUGCUCUUGUUAAGACUAAACUUGAAAUGUUGGAAAGUCUUUUGGAGAUCGAACUGGCUUACGAUAUGUUGCUUGAAGGCGAUAAAGGAGGAGAAUCUUCAAUUGAUUCUCAUUACAAGACUCUUGCAGCAGCAAUUGACCCUCUUGAAUCUGGUUCUGAAGAAUACGCUAUGCUUGAAAAAUAUCUGAAAAACACUCAUGCUGACACACAUUCAACAUACAGUUUGGACGUGGAACAUAUCUUCAAAGUGAAUCGAGAUGGAGAACGUCGACGAUAUCGACCAUUUGAACAAAUGGAUAACAGGAAACUCCUGUGGCACGGAUCUCGAAUCACAAAUUUUGCAGGAAUUUUGUCUCAGGGCUUGAGAAUUGCACCACCAGAGGCCCCAGUUACUGGCUAUAUGUUUGGAAAAGGGGUUUACUUUGCUGAUAUGGUGAGCAAAUCGUCUAAUUAUUGCCAUCCAUCACGCGACAACACUUCGGGGCUUUUGCUAUUAUGCGAAGUAGCAUUGGGCAACAUGCAUGAACUCAAGCGAGCAAAUGACAACUUGUGCAAAGCCCCCAAGAAUUUUCAGAGCGUAAAGGGCUGCGGUCAAACCCAUCCAAAUCCAGCGGAAAGCGUGACACUUCCCAGCGGAGUGGAAGUCCCACUUGGAAAACCGAUUCCUUCAAGCAUUAAAAACAGUGACUUGCUUUACAACGAGUACAUUGUCUACGAUACAGCGCAAGUCAAUAUUCGAUACCUCUUGAAGGUUAACUUCAACUUUGGUGGACGGCGCUAAUCUUCACACAUCUCUUCAAUUUGACUUUUUUCAAUACCUUAGAUUUUAGUUUUCCUGUUAUAACUUCUUCAAGAUUUCGUACGUAUAAGAAGAAUUGCUUACUUUAAUUUAUCAGUCUUUGUUUACGUGUUGAAAUAGAUCUGUAUUUGAAUUUCCUACAUGGAAGAAUCUUACAUAUAUUUAUUAGUACAAAAUUCAGCAACAUUGAGUGGUUGAUUUUGAUGAAUUUUUAGCCAAUGACUGGCAAGGUAAUAAACUAUUAAUCCCACCAAAUAUAA